AUGGGUCAACAAGAAAAACCCAGGGACCAGGAAUCCCAAGCGAUGCAAGUGGUUGGCGGUGGCGCGGGCGUGCUCGUGCUUGCCGGCCUUUUUUGGAUGACGGUGCUUGCCGGCCUUGUUUGGCUGACAGUGUAUGCCUGGCGUUUACCUACCCCGAGGGACCCAUAUUACAUGGUCUCGAUCACCGGCGUCGACGGCCUGAACCAGGAGGCGACGACGAGCGGCGGCGUGCCGACGACGACGCUGUCGCCAGUGUUCAACCUCACGGUCCGCAUCGACAGCUCCGGCUACGCGUGGUACCGCGCGUGCGUCGGGGAGCUAUCCUCGGCGGUGGUGUCGUACGGCGACGCGUUCCUGGGCAAGGGCUCCGUGCCGCCGUUCUGCGCCGGGGAAGCACGAGGUGCAGCCGUGCAGGAGCGCGAGGCCACGGCGUGGGGAGAGGACGUGGUGCUGCCGAGGUUCCUGCGGGAACGCCUGAGCGCCGAGCUGGAGCGGGGCGAGGCGUCGUUGGACGUACAGGUGACUAUGCCGGCGGGAGGUGACUAUGCCGGCGGGCUGUUCCCGGUGCACCGACAAGGUGCUUGUCUGCAGCAAGGUCAAGAUCGGAGGGGGUUCUUCUCCGUGCCGCGUGAAGCCAGUCUAUGUGCGGUCUGCGCCAGCCGCAGGACGAUCAACCAGUUAAACAUGGAGGACUUGUUACGUUCAAGUUACUGGGUUCAAUUUGUGGUGCAAGUAUGUGCAGUUCUGCAUUGUUACCGAGCAUCUACAGGAGUACCUAAAAAAAUCCUCCCAAAACACUGGAUUUCCAAACUUCCCAAAACAUAUUAG